UUUUAGUUUGGAAAUUGAUUAAAGGUUCUCCAUAGAAUUCAACAUGGCGUCAAAGCAGUCAUCUCCCUCAACAGAGGAGCAGGCUUCCUCUGAAAUAGAUGAUCUCUAUCUAUCUCUGCAAGUGCAGCGAGAGUUUACACAGAAGAAAACCUUCACCAGCUGGAUAAAUUCAAUACUGGCAAAGCAUACACCUCCUUAUGUUAUCUCAGACCUCUACACAGACAUACAGCAAGGACAUUUGCUUUUGGAUCUGUUGGAAGUGCUUUCAGGUCAACAUCUGCCACGGGAAAAAGGAUUUAAUAUCUUCCAGUGCAGAAGUAACAUAGAAAAUGCUUUGACAUUUUUAAAGAACAGAUCACUUAAGCUCAUAAAUAUUCAUGUUGCUGACAUUAUUGAAGGAAAACCUUCCAUUGUGCUUGGCCUAAUUUGGACAAUUAUAUUUCAUUUUCAUAUUGAAGAACUUGCCAGGACACUUGCUUGUACUUACAGUCAGCCUUCACUUGAUUGUUCAAGUGCUGUUGACUCCUCUCCAAAGGCAAGCCGAUCAGCUAAGAAAAGUGCUAAAAUUAAGGAACGGUGGAAGAUGUCCGCUACAAAGGCUCUUUUGUUGUGGGCAAAAGAACAGUGUUCACUGCAUGGCUCUAUCAAUGUGACCGAUUUCAAGUCAAGCUGGCGAAGUGGGCUCCCUUUUUUAGCCAUUAUCCAAACCUUACGACCAGGUCUAGUUGAUUUGGAGAAGGCAAAAGCUAAAAGCAAUAAAGAAAACCUGAAAGAGGCUUUCAGAAUUGCAGAACUGGAGCUGAAUAUUCCACGGCUUCUUGAACCUGAAGAUGUUGACGUUAUGAAUCCAGAUGAAAAAUCCAUCAUGACUUACGUGGCUCAGUUUUUGCAAUACUCUAGGAAUUUGCCUGAGUCUGAAGAAGACAUGCAGGAGAUAGUAAGAGAGGCCAUGAGCUGGUUGGCUGCACAGGAGAAGAAGUUAGCAAAGUUGCUGAUCGACACAGAGAAUGAAACAUAUUAUCAGAAGUACAAAGAAAUGAUAUCAUUUAUGGAAGCAUUUGACCAAGGGAAAAAACCCUUUCUGCCUGUGUUGUCAUCAAAAAGAAGUGAAGCUGAUCUGAGUGAAGGCCAGCAGCAGAUAAUAGAAGAGUGGGAGAAACUGAUCUCUCAGAUUAAUGAAUGGAAAGUGAAGCUAGACCAGAUGUUGCCCUCCCCUCUGGAUAGCAUUGAGGCUUGGCUUCAGGAAGUAGAACAUCUGGAGGCAGAAGAUUUGCCUGAUUUACAGGACCCAUUUAAAGCAAUGUUUGUCUUCAGAGAAAUCAUUGUAAUAUUUAAG